AUGUGCGGCCGCUACGUCCUGUACCUCUCACCGUCCACGCUCGAAUCCUACCUCCGCACCUCUGGCCUCGCCAUCUCCGCCGCACCCGACGCCUACCAGCCGCGCUACAACAUCGCGCCCGGGCAGACUGCGCCGGUGAUCACCCUCGCUCCAAACAGCGGGGAAAAUGUCAGCCUCCAGCUCACACCGAUGAAAUGGGGAGUCACCCUCACCGCGACGACUCCCUCAGCGACGCCGCAGCAGCAGUGGACACAAAUCAACACGCGGGCAGAGACUCUCGCUGCUCCGACGGGCUUCUGGGACCGUCUGAAGCCAUACCGCUGCGUGGUCCCAUCGAACGGGUUUUACGAGUGGCUUCCGGCGACGGGGCAGCCGCACCACGCCACGCCCUCCCCGGGUAUGCCCCCCCUCCUCUUCGCAGGCCUCUACGACCCAUCCACCAACACGUACACAAUAAUCACCACCCCGUCUUCCACAACGCUGUCAUUCCUGCACGCGCGCAUGCCCACGAUCCUUUCGGCGGGCGACGCCUCGCGAUGGCUGAACGCGGAUACUUCGUGGGACGCGCUGCAGCCGCUGCUGGUGCCGUGGGAGGGCGGCGCGCUCGAGGUAUAUCCCGUCGCCGGCGAGGUGGGGAAGGUCGGUAAUGACUCCCCGACCUUCGUCGACAGGGUCAGUGAGAGGAAAGAUGGCAUUCGCGCAGGGCUCGAGAGGCAGAGGAUUGUUGCUGCGGCUGCGGCUGCUUCGCCGAGCAAGGAGAAGGAGAAGGAGAAGAAGAUGGAGAAGAGGAUGGCGGAGGAUGAACCGCCGGAGACGCCGCCGCCUGGAAAGACGCUGAAGAAAUCUGAUGACGCCAAAGAGCUGCCAACUCCAACUCCUGUGAAGAAAACGAAGACGACAAAGAGUGCUACUAGCAAUGCCGCGAAUAGAAGAUCGCCCAAGAAGACGAAAAAGAAACCCACACCAGAUGGGAAUAGAAAGAUCACCAGCUUUUUCAAGUGAUAUGCACAAUGGUGUUUGCCGGUUUUUUUGCGUGCUUUUGGGAGUUCAUGGUACGGUAUUGGUUGGCUUGCUUGGGGUUUUGCGGUCUGCAUGUUGGUUUGCUUGAUGCGAUUACGGUAUCUACGGCCACUCUUCUCGAUCUCUAGUGAAAGGCA